AUGAAGAGGCUUUCUGAGAAGGAGAGGACAGCUAAGGAAAGAGGUAGCUUUAACCUAAUUACCUCAGAAGCAUGGAAGCUACUCAAAUUCACAUUCGGCAAAUUUGAUUUUCAACAAUCCCAAAUAAAUCUCAUAGGUGACAUUUUUGAGAGCAAAUAUGAUAUUGCACCAAGAUCCAGAAUUGCAAAACGCAAUAAAACUGUUGCUAUUAAAUUCUUCCAAGAUAACAUGAACGAGUUCAGAGAUUUCUGUGCUCAUGUCAGCUACCAAGAUAAGGAUGGAACUUUUGGCGGCCCUACAGCUAAACAAGCUCAAGAAUAUAUAGCUGAUAAAGAGGACUUUAAAGAUUUUAUCCCAUCCGUCUAA